AUGAGUGAGCUGCUAACACAAAAUUUACCAAUAUCACAACUUAUCCCAAUGGUUGUCGAACGUACAGGGAGAGGUGAGCGUGCCUAUGAUAUUUUUAGCCGUUUGCUUAAAGAGAGGAUUAUUUUUCUCGGUACAGCAAUUGACGAUACCGUUGCCAAUCUUGUGGUUGCACAAUUACUCCAUUUAGAAAGUGAAGACCCUGACCAAGCUGUUUCUUUAUACAUUAAUAGUCCCGGUGGCUCUGUCACGGCAGGAAUGGCCAUUUAUGACACCUUACAAUAUAUCCGUUGUCCUAUUGUCACAAUUUGUUUUGGACAAGCAGCUAGUAUGGGAGCAGUGCUACUAGCUGCUGGAGAUGCUGGGAAGAGAUAUGCACUAUCCAAUAGUCGUAUUAUGAUUCAUCAACCGUUAGGUGGUGUACAAGGUCAGGCUGUCGAUAUUGAAAUUCAUGCAAAAGAAAUACUUCGUAUCCGUCAGGAAUUAAAUAAAUUAUUAAGUGAACACACAGGACAGCCGAUUAAAAAAAUUGAGCAGGAUACAGAACGUGAUCAUUUUAUGAGUGCUGAAGAAGCAAAAGCAUAUGGUAUUGUUGACGUUGUAGCAACAAAGCGCGGAGAGAUCGAACAAGAGGCUUCUCCUAAGGAGAAAUCUUCAUGA